AGGUACUAUUUCCAACUGCUACUCAAGCUCGCUUGUCAAGUCUAAGGUGCACGAAAACCCAUGAACCCACCAUCAUUUCUAUUACCCUCAUCACAUCAGCCAGGCACUCCUUGAUCGAUUCAAACCUUGAUCGCUUCAUACACUUCACAAAGCAUUACGAAACCAAGAGGACCUUUUUGCCAUCCAACCACACAAUCUCCUCUCUUGUCCAAGACACAAAAGGUGUUUAGGAUUUGCUUUCAGUUUGGUUUGACAAAACGGAGAGGUGUAAGUGAUGCCCACUCGUCCAAGAACGGCGGGAGAUCGAGUCGAGUCGGAUUUGAAAGAGCGCGCCAAUCGAUCCAUGAUGAACACCAAAGAUCCCGUGGAGAAACUCCGAUUCUUUUGCCUCUCCAGAGGUGCCACCGGCAUCCUCGGUCUUGGAAGAAUGUUUCGUCGAAUGGAUGAUGACGGGAACAAAAAUCUGAACUUCUCCGAGUUCCAUAAAGGCCUCAUUGAAACCGGAUGCAGUUUGACGGCCGAAGAGGCCGAGAUCCUCUUUAAGAAAUUUGAUCGAGAUGGCAACGGAAACGUGAAUGUGGAUGAGUUCUUGGUCGGCAUUCGGCCUCCCAUGUCCGAAAACCGGCGGCGGGUCAUUCAAGAGGCAUUCAAUAAGAUGGACAAAAGUGGAGAUGGGGUCAUCACGGCGGACGACCUAAAGGGUGUCUAUAAUGUGAAACGGCAUCCGCAAUAUCUAAAUGGGGAAUGCACGGAAACACAGAUCUUGGAAAAGUUUCUGUCGAAUUUUGAGACGUUUGGCUUAAAAGACGGACAGCAACAACGACAUGUGUCAUCCGGGCUUGGGGAUGGAAAAGUCACCAAAGACGAGUUUUUCGACUAUUAUUCCGGAAUAAGCUCAUCCAUCGACCAGGACGCUUACUUUGACCUCAUGAUGCGGAAUGCGUGGAAUCUUUGAACUUCGAAUUCAGUACAUCCAUUUAUCAUAAAAACUGAACAUGAAAACAAUUCGAUUCAAAUGAAACUUACAAUAUCAAUGUAUUCAAUUGCUACGUAAACACAUUUUCAUCAUUUCUUUAGUCAGCGAGCUUUCGGGAUGUGAAAAAUGAGCUUAAAAAUGGCCUCAAAUUGAGAAGAAAAUUCCAAUGAUGAUACAUUAAAAGUCAUUAUCUUAAUACGACCUGUUGAAUCGAACAGAUUUUCUAAAUUAUUCAUGGGAUGUUAUGAAACCGAGGUUUCUGAGUUUCCUCAAUCUCCAUGGUGUUCAGUCUGUAGUGCGAACUAACCCUGAUUUUGCUAGUGGGGCAUUCCAAGUCAAGUGGGUACACCCUCACGGCACUUUGUCUCAGAAUCUCAUGUAAUUUCACACGGUCAAUGCCAAGGUUAAAGUUGGUUCACAUAAAAUUUCAGCCCCAUGGGAUCAAUAUGGC